GGUAAUGCCUUCGCGAUGCAUCCAGUUUCACUUGAGCAAGCCAGCUGACUGUCUCGUUCAGGCGCAGCGCUGGAGAUUCACCAUUAACCCAGCGCAAUGCUCCGGCUCCGGCUCCGGCUCCGCUGAAUCUCUCGGAUAGUUUCUCACAAUCUCCGCUCGGAUGAACAUGAGUCGGAACGAGCAUUCUCUGCAGGCUCUGUCCUGGAGAAAGCUUUAUCUGAGCAGAGCCAAACUCAAAGCGUCCAGUCGCACGUCUGCUCUUUUAUCCGGUUUCGCAAUGGUGGCCAUGGUGGAAGUACAGCUGGACACCAAUCAUGACUAUCCCCCAGGACUGCUCAUCGCUUUCAGCGCUUGCACCACUGUGUUGGUGGCCGUCCACCUGUUCGCCCUCAUGGUGAGCACCUGCAUUCUGCCCAACAUCGAAGCGGUCAGCAACGUGCACAACCUCAACUCUGUGAAGGAGUCUCCGCACGAGAGAAUGCAUUGCCACAUCGAGCUGGCCUGGGCUUUUUCCACAGUCAUUGGAACGCUGCUCUUCCUGGCCGAGGUGGUCCUGCUGUGCUGGGUCAAGUUUUUACCCAUUAAGCCGAAGGACCAGAAAAACGGUACUAUAUCCGCCGGGGUGGCUGCUGCGAUCACGUCUACCUCCAUCAUGGUCCCUUUCGGCUUGGUUUUUAUCAUCUUCGCUGUGCAUUUCUACCGCUCGCUGGUCAGCCACAAAACCGACAGGCAGUUUCAAGAGUUAGAAGAGUUGGAGGACUUACAGAACGAACUGGACCAUCGAGGGGAGGCGUCUACCUUACAGUCUCCCAGUUCCCUUUACCCCUAGUUUUGAGUUUGGGAAAGAGCUUCUGUUAAUGUUUUAGGUUUGUCAGGUGUUGCAACACACUGUAUUUUCGACCGUAGUAUUGAUCUAUCUGUUGCAUGUGGACACCAAAGUGUCCAGUUUUAUAUGUGUUGAGAAUUUGUCCACUGUUUCUGCUAGAUUUUCUAAUAUAGUAGUAAUAGUUUACUAAUACCAGUCAAAACUGUGAAAGCAUGCACUGCAUGUUUUAUGGAGAUUUUCUUUUCAUUUUUUUUCUGUUCUUAUAGGAAUAGUUCACCCA